CCCCGAAUACUUGUUCAUCUUGGCGUUGUUCCUCAACGUCAAGGGCGGAUGCCAGAUCUGGCUCAGCCACAUGGCAACCAUCUAUGGCGUCCAGGUCAACCAUCUAUACAAGAAGAUCUCCUGGGAAGAUCUGACGAGAGAAUGGAAGAAGCAGUUCAUCGUUGACGACGCUCUGACGCUAGCCAUCAACCGCCUCUUCACCAUGAGCCAAGGCAACACACCGACACGAGAUUGGCUCACGGAAUGGCAAAAGAUCGUGGCAACGCCUGAUCUCCAGUUGCCAUUUUUGCAUCUGCGUCGAGAGUUGUACAACCGGUCGUGUGCCGCCUUGAGCCUCGCACUUGGCGAUCGCGAGCAGUACACGACCUUUGCCGAAAUCAUCGACAAGGCGCGAGAGAUCAUCAAGACCAACUGGGCUGCUGCACACGAGAAGUCAGCGUGGCAGCCAGCCUAUGUGGAGAAGGGAAAAUUUGGUCCGUGUCCGCAGCAUGUCGCUGCAGUCCAACCGAACAACAUUGUGGAAGACCCGGCAGCCACCCAAACAUCACGUGAGGGAGAUCAGGUGGCCGCCGUCCAGCCGCGAAGCAACAACGACUCCCGUAGCAAAGGGAAGGCGAAAACAACAUCUCCGACAGGAAACGGACAGCAAGUACCAUGACCGAGGCUGAAUACAAGUGGUGCAGCCGGUAUGGCUGCUGCUAUUGGUGCAACAACACCAAGCACAAGACCUCCCAAUACCCGAAUCAAGGCAAGGAGGAUGU